AUGAAGGGGAACAUGAAACACACUUUCAAAUUGGAAAAACGUGAUAAAUUAUUGCUAUACUUUGAACAAGCUGCGAAAUCUUAUGGUAUCUCUAAAUUUGAUCAUCAUUUUUGCAAGAUCAAGGGAAAUGAUGAGGUUGCUCAAUAUCUUGAAAGCGCAGGAUUACACAAGUGGUCUAAAGCUCACAUAGAUGGAUGUCGAUACAAUGUAAUGACAACAAAUAUUGCGGAGUCAAUCAACUCAGUCCUUUGGUUUGCAAGGAUGCUACCAGUGGUGCAUUUGAUUGAUGAAAUCAUCAAUCUGCUUGUCAAAUGGUUCAGUAAAAGUCGUGAUUUUGCUUUGAAAUGUACAUCAACAUUGUGCCCUGACUUUGGCGAGAAGAAGCUGAGACGCAGGUUAGAAUGUGCUUCAAGGAUGAAUGUCGUGAAACUGAAUCACGUAGAGUACAAUGUCGUGGACGGUGAUAUGGACUGCCACGUACAUUUGACGAAUAACACUUGCAGUCGUAGGAAUUUUCAGCUUGAGCAACUACCUUGCAAGCAUGUAGAUGUAGUUUGCCGUUUCUUGAAACUAUAUGUAUACUCCAUGGCUUCUCGUUAUUACACUCGAAAUACAUGGUUAAAUGCUUAUUCAUAUACCAUCAACCCGGUACAACCUCAAGAGCUAUGGGUUAUUCCUGAAGAUGUCACUAGUACAAAAAGUGAAAAAGAUGACCAGAAAAAAAUGACGGUUUUAUAA